AUGCAUGUGUCAGCAGCCCGUCAUGGCUGGACAGUUUUUGCCCGCCCUUCGACAUUCCCGAAUAUUGUGAUUGAUCGACCGCCUUCGCCUGCUGCUCCUGCAGCCUGGUCGCCGCCGCCCUCGCCGCCGCCCUCGCCGCCUCUCCUCACGAUGGCGUGCAUGCGCGGAUGCCCAUAUGUCACGCGCGACCCUAAGUUCGCGAAACUCGGCGGCUGCGCUGUCACCAAGGGUCCCAGACGGGCAACGACGCCCCUUGCCCUUCCUCUCCCGCGCCCUGUCUGGACCACCUCGGAGGCCUUUCCCCAGCAACUGCAUCUCCUUUCCUCGUCCUCCCCGGCCGUAGGAUCGGGAGAUGAGGAGGCAGGGGAGAGGGAAAGCAAAGAGGGAAGUGGAAAGAGCCCUGGAGUCCUGCCGGGGGAGGAAACCAUACAGUGGGGUCCGGGGGCUUGCCUCGGUGCCCCCACGAGGCGUGUGUUCGAGUCCAGCUGGCCCGGGGAACCUGCCGCUUCGGCCGAUGCCUGCCGGCCAGGUGAUUGA